AUGAGCCGAAAUAGAACCGAUGUUGUCGACCUGACAACCAGAUCUUCCCGGCAAAAUCCUAUCUCUUUAUCCUCCUCCCCGCCUAACGCCUCAACCCACGCAUCUUCUUCCCGCCAUGAACAAGUGGCUCCUACUCGUGGUGUCAAGCGUCGCCGUAAUUGGAGCGAUGAGCACAGCGAUUCCGUCACAUCCUCUUCAACUCUCUCCGAAGACGAGCCCAUCGAAACGAUCGAUAUGACCGACGACUCAAGCGCGGCCGCACUCGCUCGAACAGUGGCCAAACAGAGGGAGGACGCCAUCAAAGCGCAGGCGUCAGAGGAGAGGGAUUCAAAUCUCUCCGCUAUACUCGCUUACAAAUGCCCCAUUUGCAUGGAGACGCCUGUGGACGCAACGAGCACCUCAUGCGGACAUCUCUUUUGUCACAAGUGCAUUAUCGACUGCUUGAAGAUGAGCGAACAAACACGCGGCGGUGACUCUUCGAAACAACAUAAGGGUACCUGCCCGGUGUGUCGCACACCGAUCUCGCGGAAGGAAGUGCCUGGGAAGUCUAAGAAUCUCAUUCCGCUGUUAUUUUUCACAAAAAAGCGAGGUGAUAUUUCCGCAUCUGGUGCAUAG